AUGAGGAAAAAACAAAUGAAAAUCUGCUUGGUGAUAGUAAUUCUGUUCAUUCGGAGCGAGUCCGAAGCUGCCGCCACCGCCACCACUACCACCCCCGCAGCCACAGUCGCUCGCGACAAGAGAAUAAUCGGCGGCGUCGAGGCGGCCGACUCUUGGCAUCCGUAUCAGGCCUACCUGAGGCGCAAUGGCUGGUCGAACAAGUGGUUCCCCGGCUGGUUCGUCUCCUGGUACCCGACCUGGUUCGCCUCGGACUACUGCUGCGGCGCGUCCAUCAUCAGCGAGCGUUACCUGCUCACCGCGGCUCAUUGCGUAUCAGUUAACGUCAACGUCGGCGACUUUGAGGUGGUCGUAGGCACCAACGAGAUCGGCGAUCCCUACGCCUGGAUCUACGUCGCCGAGUACUUUGCCAUUCACUCGGAUUACGAGCGAGGCGGCCUGCCCGAAAACGACAUCGCGGUGAUUCGGGUCCAGGGCAGCAUACAGUUCAACGACAGGGUGCAGCCGAUCAGAUUGCCACCCGCGGACUACGAGAUCCCGGACGAGAGUCUGGUGACGGUGACGGGUUGGGGCUCCCUUCAGAUAGAGGGUGGCAUCAAGCCGAGCCGCCUGCAAAUGGCUCGAAUGAAGGUCCAGAAUCACGAGAAGUGCACCGACAUCUGGGACAGCGCCUACAACGAGUUCCUCGCCAAUCCUUACAACAUGGUGUCCGUGAUCAAGGACGGCAUGAUCUGCCUCGAGCGCACCACCGCCGAGCAAAUGUGCGACGGUGACUCGGGCAGUCCGGUGGUCGACGAAGACGGCUAUCAGAUCGGGAUCAUAACUUUCGGCGGCGAGUGCGGACCGUACAACGAUCUGCCGGACGUCGCCAUGAGGAUCACGCACUACGUCGACUGGAUUAUGGCCAGCAUGCAGAUCCUCGAGUUCGCCCAAGUUUUUACCGGAUAG